GUAGGUGGCUCAACCCCGCCUCCCAAGUGAAGGCUGCGAAGGCUGCUUCUGCGCCGCUGCUCUCCCCGGGAUGGCUGCUCUGCUUGUAAACAAGCCUGGAGCUGGACUAGACAGUGGCCGGCAAGGCAGCCGGGGGACGGCCGUGGUGAAGGUGCUGGAGUGUGGAGUUUGUGAAGAUGUCUUUUCCUUACAAGGAGACAAAGUACCUCGCCUUCUGCUGUGCGGCCACACUGUCUGUCACGACUGCCUCACCCGCCUCCCUCUUCAUGGGAGAGCAAUCCGCUGCCCGUUUGAUCGCCAAGUAACAGACCUCGGAGAUUCCGGAGUCUGGGGAUUGAAAAAAAAUUUUGCUUUAUUGGAGCUCUUGGAACGACUGCAGAAUGGACAUAUUGGUCAGUAUGGAGCUGCAGAAGAAGCCAUUGGGAUAUCUGGAGAGAGCAUUAUUCGUUGUGAUGAAGAUGAAGCUCAUGUUGCAUCUGUAUACUGCACUGUAUGUGCAACUCACUUGUGCUCAGAGUGUUCCCAAGGUACUCAUUCUACAAAGACUUUAGCAAAGCACAGGCGAGUGCCUCUAGCUGAUAAACCUCAUGAGAAAACCAUGUGCUCUCAGCACCAGGUGCAUGCCAUUGAGUUUGUUUGUUUGGAAGAAGGUUGUCAAAGUAGCCCACUCAUGUGCUGUGUCUGCAAAGAAUACGGAAAACACCAAGGUCACAAGCAUUCAGUACUGGAACCAGAAGCUAAUCAGAUUCGAGCAUCAAUUUUAGAUAUGGCUCACUGCAUACGGACGUUCACUGAGGAAAUAGCAGAUUAUUCCAGAAAACUAGUUGGAAUUGUUCAGCACAUUGAAGGUGGAGAACAAAUAGUUGAAGAUGGAAUUGGAAUGGCUCACACAGAACAUGUACCAGGUACUGCAGAGAAUGCUCGAUCAUGUGUCCGAGCUUAUUUUUCUGAUCUACAUGAAACUCUGUGUCGACAAGAAGAAAUGGCUCUAAGUGUUGUUGAUGCUCAUGUUCGUGAAAAGCUAAUUUGGCUCAGGCAGCAACAGGAAGAUAUGACUAUUUUGUUGUCUCAGGUUUCAACAGCCUGCCUCCAUUGUGAAAAGACUUUACAACAGGAUGAUUGCAGAGUUGUCUUGGCAAAACAAGAAAUUACAAGGUUACUGGAAACACUGCAGAAGCAGCAACAGCAGUUUACAGAAGUUGCAGAUCACAUUCAAUUGGAUGCCAGCAUCCCUGUCACUUUUACAAAGGACAAUAGAGUUCACAUUGGACCAAAAAUGGAAAUUCGAGUUGUCACAUUAGGAUUGGAUGGUGCUGGAAAAACUACUAUUUUGUUUAAAUUGAAACAGGAUGAAUUUAUGCAGCCCAUUCCAACAAUUGGUUUUAAUGUGGAAACCGUUGAAUAUAAAAAUCUGAAAUUCACUAUUUGGGAUGUAGGUGGAAAACACAAGUUAAGACCAUUGUGGAAACAUUAUUACCUUAAUACCCAAGCUGUUGUAUUUGUUGUUGAUAGCAGUCAUAGAGACAGAAUUAGUGAAGCACAUAGUGAACUUGCAAAGUUGUUAACGGAAAAAGAACUCCGAGAUGCUUUGCUACUGAUUUUUGCUAAUAAACAGGAUGUUGCUGGAGCACUAUCAGUAGAAGAAAUCACUGAACUGCUCAGUCUCCAUAAACUGUGCUGUGGCCGUAGCUGGUAUAUUCAGGGCUGUGAUGCUCGAAGUGGUAUGGGGCUGUACGAAGGGUUAGACUGGCUCUCACGGCAACUUGUGGCCGCAGGAGUACUGGAUGUUGCUUGAUUUAAAAUGUAGCAGUUCUGUAAAGUUUUGUGUUUUAAGAGUUAUUUUUCACGUUAUAUGUUAUAAGAAAUUCUACACCUCAAAGAUGAUUAGCAAAAGGAAUCUUAAACUGGGAAUUAAGUACACUAUUGCUUAAAAAAAGUUAUUUUGUGGCCAAAUUUAAGUAUCUGAGCAGUUUGUGUUAAAUAGAGAUUUCUUGAGUAUACAUUUAAAAAGUACAUGUAAUUUAAAUUUUUCAGAGUGGUGACUCACAUAUUGGGAAAGAAGUAGUCAGAGAAAGAAUAAGUGAAGGUUUAUUCUUUCAGUGAAAAAGGAAUAGCUGUCUAGUAGAACCUCUGUGUGAAGAAUGGAGGUACAGCUUCUUCCUUAGCCUGCCUUUUCACUGACUUGUGGCAGUAAUUAGAAAUGAGAUAGUAGGCAAACUGCACCUUUGGGUAAUAUGAUUACUUUUAUGUUCCAUGUAACAGAACACCUUUAAUGCUAAAAACUAUAAGCUAAAGAUUUAAGAUAUUUUAUAUAGUGUUUUAUUAAAACAUUCUCCUAAAGCAUUUUAUAUGAAACAGUGAGACAGAGUGAAAUGUUAUUUAACUAGACCUGAUGGUCAGAUUAGUACUAUAUUGAAAUAAGAAACUGUGAAAGUCAUCUGAUCUUCACUUAUGAAAGACUCAUUUCCAGGACUGAACCUGGGCUUAUGUGGUACAUCCUAGGUCAGAGUUCUAACUUGGUCCUUCUAUUUUUCAACAUAUUUAAAAUAAAAUUUUUUAGAAUAAUAUCAGAUCCUUUGUGGGAUUGACUAUAGAUAAAACAUAGUAAGUCACACAGAAGAUCAGUGUCAGCUUUAUACACAAUGUAGAGAAUUAUAGAAAACUACUUUUUAAGAAAAAUUAUAUAAGCAGUGAGAAAUGCUUCUUACUUUAGAAUAUUUCCCCAAAUGAGCACAUUUAUCUCAAUAAUAAAAUGUGAUCAAGGCUCAUGACGAGGCUUUGAAAAGUUAUUUAAGAGGAAAAAUAGGUCUAAAGGAAAAAAAAUAUUCCAAGAGUUUACAUUUAGUAUGCAGUGUUGUGAUUAAAGAUAUUUUAUUCUCUUCAUUUUCAUUUUCAAAAGAUAUUCUCUUAGGGAAGCACGAUUUAUUAUAUUUAAAUGAGCUACACUGAGAUUUUUUUUUUAAAUGCUCUUCAUAAUCCAAGAUGAAUUGGAUAUUUAAACUUAUCAGUUGGAACUGUUGUUAAGUGUGGUAAUGUCAGAUGACAAGAUGUUACUUUUGGGUGACAGUGUUUUGGUUCAGUCUUUUCAAAAAAAAAUUUUUUAAACAAAACUUUAAAAAAGCAAAGCAUUAAAAAUCCCAUCAGUGUUAUGGGCAACAUGUAAAUAAGUAAAUCUAUUUUGUCCUUUAUUUUUCAUUUAAAAGGUCAUGCUGUUAUAAGUGUAGUUUGUGUGCAUAAAUAGUAAUUUGGGAUUAAAUUAUUUAAUAAGUGACUGAUUUCAAUUAACUGUGAAAAGUAAAAUAGUAUUGCAUUUGCCUGUGAGCCCUUGAACUGUUUUCUCUACUAGGUAAUUGAAAAAGUGUAACACUAACAUGUGAACAUUCUUGUAAAUUAUUUCACCAAUUUUGUAAUUCUCAUUCUUAGCAUGUAAGUGAAGAUGUUCAAUUUAAAACUUGUUCUUAGGCUUGAUGAUAGUGUAUAUAUCAAGAAAGUGUGUUUGUGAUUUUUCUUAAAGAAAUAUUUUUCUCAGGCUCCUAUUACUGUUUGUGGUUGUAUUUUUUCACUACUGAUUAAUUUAAAUUGUGCAGUUUCCCCUGGGAAAUAUAAAAUUUAAGAAUUUCAUGUUUUAAAAUACAAUAUAUUAGGAUUUGCCAGCUAGAUGAUUUCUGUAUUAAGCCUAAGUAUUAUUGUAUGAUAUACAUAAAGCCAAGUUGUCAAGUAUAUAGCCCUGUUCUCUAAUUCAGGAAUGCUUUAUAACCACCAGAAACCCUUAUUUGAAGUACAUUUAUGAUCAGUACAGACAGCAAUAAAAAUGUUAAAAUCA